AUGAACCCAUUUCCUAUCACAUUCGAAUCGGCCGUUCGCAUUGUCAACGAGACUUGCGGAACGCGAAACGUGGGCGGACAACCGGAAGCUCAAUUGGAUCGCGAAUCGUUUCUGCAGGCGAUGCGCGACAAAAUCGAAAUAUAUCUGUCUCACGACGAACAAGAAAUACGAUUCGCCAACGACCAAUUCAUGAAAAACGUACGGACGUUUCCGAAGGCCCGUGAGUUUUUGUUUUUGUUUCUUUCUGACCUAGGCACAACUAUAAAUCUACUGAUUUGCAGUCAACAAUCUGAAAAAUGCGGCUGAUAAUGUCCGGACGACUAUCGAGAAGCAUCCGGAACUAGUCGGUGAGUGAUGAAAUAGAAUGUAGUUUAUUCAAAGCUGUAUAUCUCAGCUGGCGGUGGAGAUAUAAAAAAAUUGUCAACUAAUAAAUGGAUCAUGAGGACAUUUUGAACAUUUUAUCAGUUGACCACUUUUUGAUAUCUCUCGAGAAAGCUAAGAUAUAUUGUCUUGAAUGUACAGUAUUGCAAAGUUCAUGUUUCAUUGUUUCACAGAACAACUGGAAAUCGUGAAAGCAACAAAGGAGACGCUGAAAAGACGUGAGUGACAUAAAUACUUGUACUAGUAUUCGAUUUCGAUUUCAGUGGAAGUCAGUUAUCCGCAGUUCGCGCCCACAACUCCACAGGACAUCUCCUGGCUCACAAAAUCGCACAUUUUCACCUACUUUUUUUGCCCCGAGCUGGAGCCAUCAGCAACACGGACUGAGCGAAUUCAUGCGGUACAAAUGCGAAGAAUGUUGGCAGACUUUCGAAACGGAGAUAAUAUCGAGCAGACGUUGUAUCGGGCAAAGAACGACGUGAUCAUCAGGAACGUCUGGAUGAGUAUGAACACUUUUUUGGUUUCUUAAGUGGAAGGCACACAUUUCAGACCAGGGACAACUCCAGAAACUGCUCGAUCACUGUUUGGAACUCUACUCUCCCGAUUUUAUCGAUAUUGUCUGCGCGGACGUGUGUAAGUCGAAUCGAAAGUGUGAUUUCAAGGCACUCUUUCGAUAUUUUGCAGAUUACGCUACCAAAGUUCUUGUAGAAGCUGAAGGAACAAUGGCCGAAAGCGCGGAAAUUAGAAGUGAGUUAUUUUUAUCGUCAAACUUUACAAUAUUGCAAUUCCAGACAUAAUCACAAAGCUCAACGCUUACAAGGUGGAACUCGAGCAGAAGAUUCUUGCAGGUACACAUUUCGCUGUUUUGUUCAUAGAUAUUUGCAGAAAAUGAACGCAUUAUUCAGUGCAAAAUAACGCUCUCGCAAGUGAGGUCACUAUUGAUCUGAACGCCCUUCCGGAAAGAUCCGACCCAGAUGAUCUGCCGUUCGAACCGCCGAGCGACAUGAGUAAGAAUGAACGGAAGUCGGCCGAAUGGUACAUGUGGAGAAUUGUGUUCUACGGUAAUCAUUUUAUUGCUAAAAGAAGUCUGUAACUAAUAAAUUAGUACUGAAACUAUCGGAUAGAGCGACAAACGUUGCAUGGGCGUCAAAGUACGCCCUCAUCUUUAGAUACAUAAAUCUCACGAUCCGAUGAUUAUUUCAAAAAUUGUUCAACAAAAAAUUUGUUGUAAUUUUUAAGCUCUACAUCUUUGUAGUUGAUCAUUUUAUCCGAAAUUCUGUUAUUCUUGAGUUACGGUCAAGUUUCUAAACAGUGUCCACUAGAAGGGCGAGAAAGAAUGAAGAGUAGUACGUUGAGGCCUCAAAUCUGGCCCUAAAAGUAAUUUGGGGCUCCUGUGUAACAUUUUCCGCUCUAUCUUAGGGUAUAAAAAUAUCACACACCAAUUUUUAGUGAUUCUAAAGUGCCGUUUCUUUCAGAAGCAGCCAUCCGAAUAUUCUACGAGCUGCUCGUUUUGAGAAAGGAAACAGUUGUCUUGCAGGACCGUAAGUCUUGAACUUUUACCCAUUUCGCAUCUGCAACUCAUCAAUUCCAGGCCUCGAGCGCACUCAUCUGGAGAAUGAAGUGGAGAGACUGAGAAUGGAGGUCGAAAUGGAAACGGCCAAAGAGGAACUGGACCACUAUGAACGUGUUCUGGAAUGCAGAAAGAAUGGAGAAGAAGCGCCGCCGAAGAGAGCGCCGGUGUACGCGGAUAACUAUCAAUGGAAGCUCUCAGCCGUUGGAGGUUUCAAACUUUAGCUUCAAUUGGAAUCAAACUUUUUACAGAAGCCCUGUCGAAGAUACGUCAACGAGAAGUUUAUUUGAAUGAGAUACUCGAGUUGGUGAUUCGAGAAAUGGACGCGGCCGGAUAUGGCAUAUGCAUCGGAAACACCACUAUCAAAAGUGUUUUGGUGCAAAAGUUCACCGAACUCGGUGAGUCCUGCUCUCAAUGUUUCAGUGGUAAUUUGUAAUUCGUUCAGUACACCUCUACUACUUCGUGAAAGACAUGCAAGUUUCCCCGAUCCCAGGCGUUGGCGAAGCGCGUAAGUUUGACAGACGGAAGAGAAUUAAAGAAAUGGGAAGACAUUUUCAGUAAGUUCAAUUAUUCGGCCAUUCGGAACACGACCAACGUAUGACUAUUGUGAGUUUGUUGAGGAAGAGGUUGAGAGAAAUGUACUGUCUUUUCAGGUAAAAUAAAGAAAAAAGAGUAUUGGGACCAACUCGACACGGUUUUGGAGCAAAUCGAUCGGCUGGACGCAAUGGAAUAA